AACGGCAGUGCCGUGAAGUGACGCCGCUCUGGCCCAGCAGCGGGGCGGCGCCGCUUUACGGCAGCGGCCGAUGGCGGGCUGGGCGGCAGGCGAGGCCGAGGCCGAGGCGUGCGGCCUGUGCGGGGGCCCCGGGGCCCGGUACACCUGCCCCCGCUGUAACCGGCGCUACUGCUCGCUGCCGUGUUACCGGGGCCCGCGGCACCGGGCCUGCGCCGAGCGCUUCUACCGGGCCGCGGUGCUGGGCGAGCUGCGGGGGGCCCGGGCGGGCGGCGCCGAGCGCCAGCGGCUGCAGCUCGGCCUGAGGCGCCUGCGGGAGGCCCCGGCCCCGGGCCCGGCCCCGGACCCCCGCGCCUCCGCCUCCCGCCUCUGGGCCGCCCUCAGCGAGCGGCAGAGGAGCGACUUCCGACGGUGUCUGGCGAGCGGCGAGGCCGCGGCCUGGGUCCGGCUGUGGAGGCCCUGGUGGGAGCCGAGGGUGAGGCGGGGCGCCCCUGGCGGCGGGGAGGGGGAACGGGGCCUCCGAGGGGGAACAGAGCGCCCCUGGCGGCGCGGAGGGGGAACAGGACCUCCGGGGGAGGAGGAAGGCUCAGGGGGAGAAACGACGGAGGGAGGGGACGGGGAGACGGAGCUGGGCUCGGAUCCUGACUGGGAGACAGAUGAGGCUGUUCUCCAGUCUGCACCAACAUCGCUCCCCCUGGAUUCCCUGAACGCCAGGCCCUCUCCCCUGAUCCCGUACAGCGUGGUCAACGUUCUCUACGCCUAUGCCUUCUCCAUGAGACUCGUUAAUGGGGACGUGUCGGGGGAGAUUGAGGCAGGAGUUUGUUUGAGGCAGCUGGGGCCGAGGCGGUUCGGAACAGCUCCUCUUCCUCCAGCCCUUCCAGGUUGUUUGUGCGAUGGAGGACACGGCAGCCCUCCUGGCCGGGAACAGCAGGGUCCCAGCGGACACUACACCCUGGCUGCCAUCUCCCACCUCAGCCGCAUCCUUGGCAAAGCCAAGCGGAUCCCGACACGGGGAGGCGAAACCGGCAGAGACGACUGCUACAGGGCUCGGAAGAAAUGUGCAUUUUUUCUGUCCUGGGCGAGCGAGCAGCAGCUCGCUCUGGCUGUCCUCUCCUUGGAGGCACAGGAGGAGUUCAGAGCCUCCCUCAGUCACUUACUCCAAGUAGAGGAAGACAAGUCCAACCUGGAGAAAGCCUGGGGGGCAAAACAGCCACCAGAGAAGAGAGUGUUAAUCGAGGAACUGAAUCCCUGAUCCGUUGGUCGUCUGCGAGGAUUUGUUUCUCAGGGAGAUACUGAGUUUGAGAACAGUCCUCACAGUCCUUCCCUCGUCUAUUGUUCACUCAGCUCCCUGGAGAAAGUGCUGGUCAAGCAAGAACUUCUAAAGAAAGAACCAGAAUCCAAUUCCCAGGGUCGGAGAGUGAGCAAAUCUUCUCGUUCACUGCUAAAAUGAAGUAAAAAUAAAUCAACUAAUUCUUGACAAAA